AUGGCUAAAUUUCUUACCACUAUAUUCUCAUCGAUGCAAAACAUGAUGUCAACUUGUACACAACCAAAGAAUACAAAAUCAGUGUCUUUAACUGAGCUAUUGGACGAAAAGCAACCCUACGAAGAAUAUGAUCGUCUUCAGGACGAAGAAUUAUCCAAGUUAAACGAUGAUGACGCAACGCUUUCGAGAAUUCAAGGUUCUUUACUCGGUCUUGCUGUUGGUGAUGCACUUGGAGCAGCAGUUGAAUUUCGAUCUUACUCGUACAUGAAAAGCAAUCGUGUCACUGACAUACAAGGCGGUGGGACGUGGGGUUUGGAAGCAGGAAAAUGGACGGAUGAUACAUCAAUGGCACUCUGUCUGGCUGCUAGCUUUAUUGUUAAAGAUGGCUUCGAUGCUUACGAUCAGUUAGUACGAUAUAAGUGGUGGUAUAGAAGAGGUUAUAUGUCAUCAACGGGAAACUGCUUUGAUAUUGGGCAAGCCACACGUGAUGCAAUAACAACAUUCGAAAAGCGUCAGCGCCAGUGUGCGAAAAAUUUAGGUAUAUCACCCUCAGAUGGCUCUAUAGAUCGUUUAGACCAAACACAAUUGUCGGAAAUAAAAUUAGAUGUAAACUGUGGUGAUCCAAAAGCUGCUGGUAAUGGGCCAUUAAUGCGCUUAGCACCAGUUCCUUUAUUUUACCACUGUUCGGAAGUUGAUGCUAUUCAAAAAGCAGGUUCUAGUGCAACUCUCACCCAUGGAGAUAAAAGAGCUAGUGAUGCGUGUCGAUUCUAUUCUGCACUCAUUUGGAAGGCGAUUCAUGGUCACUCAAAAGAUGAACUUCUAGAUCCGAAAUCUUAUCAGAAUAAAUUUUCACCACCACUCGAUGCUGAUGUCAUGAGGAUCGUCAAAGGCUCUUAUAAAGAGAAGAAAGGGUACGAGGAUGGUAUUCGUGGAACAGGCUUUAUUCUGAACUCAUUAGAAGCAGCUUUGUGGGCAUUUUAUAAUGACGAAUGUUCUUUUGAAAAAGGUGCACUGGCCGCUGUUAAUUUAGGUGAUGAUACCGAUACGACAGCCGCCAUAUAUGGUCAACUUGCUGGAGCAGCGUACGGUAUCGAUAAAAUUCCCGAACGUUGGCGUGAGCAAAUAUUCGAACGCAAAUUUAUCGUUACUUUAGCUAACGGACUGUUUAUCCAUGGAAAAAAACUAUUCAGUUCUUCCAAACGAAAGUUCGAAUUUGACAUACAUUCUGAUAAUGCUGAUCAAACUAACAGAAGGCCAAAAGCGUCCAACGAAUCGGACUGCUGA